UCACAAAUACGGGAAUGCGGCAAGCGGCAAGCGUCCAAAGCGGUGACCGCAUUUUAUAUCGGGCAAAUGCGAUUGGUCACUUCCAAUGGACUAAUCAACGAUUAAGUUAAUCGGAGUUUGGUCGAAGUGGCCCGAAUUCGAUCAAUUGAAUAACCUCAAUCUUGAUUUGGUUCUGUUUGAUUGAGUUCUAAUUUCCAAUUUGCAAUUAAUUAGGCGGAAUCUUUGACUUUGAUCAUCCGUUGAAUAAUUACUCGCUAGACGCUUUUCUAAAACAAAAAGAAAGGCUUUACGAACGCGGUCAGUUGUUACUUGCGGGAAGAACAAGUACGAUUGAGGAAAGAACCUGUCAAUCUGUCAUUAAACUGGGGCCAAUCUGGGCUUUCCGGAACUUUUACAAUAAUUUUGAUUGUCGAGCGCCGAUGUUCGCAGUUUCGAAUUUUAAGUUGUCACAAGUUCAAUGAUUAUGCUUCACAUGCAUUAUAUUAUGAGCAUUAAGUACUUUAUUAGAUAACGAAUUAUUUAGAUUUAAAAAUAUUUUGUUGAUAAAAUCAAGUGCUGCAGAUUAUAUGAACCUAUGAGAACUUGGCAGGAUGCCAAAAUUAAACAGCCUGGCGAUAGAGCCUUUCAAAGAAGACACAUUGUGAAACAAGGUGUAAAAUACGUAAGAAAUCUGGUUUGAAAAACUGAGUGUCUCUUUGAAAGGACAAGAUGCUCGAGAGGUACAAGCUGCUUCGUCAAGACUUCCUUAGUGUAGCUGAGCCUCUCAUUGACAGUGAUGCCUUAGAUCAACUGAAAUGCAAUUACGCAUUUGAGAUCGAUUCAAAACGUAAAUUGAGCAUGGUGAAGGAUCUCAAGAUGUUUAUAAGAUUACUGGAAAAACGGAACAUUAUGAGUUACAGCGACAUAGAGCCAUUUCGGUACAUAUCAAAGAGGUAUAUUCACAAGCCCGACUUGGAAAGCAAAUUGGAAGAUUAUGACAGUUGGCUGAAGACUGUGCCAUUGUUACCUUCAUAUAAGUAUCAAAGUGAUGAAACCUCGGUACUGCCGUCAACGUCAAAGUCUACAGGCUCAGAGUCCACGUGUAAUUCUAUGUGCGAUUUGUCUCAGUCAUCAAUAGAAAGUACAGCUAAGUUAUUCAGUAAUAGUACGCAGACGUUACAGUGUAAUUCUGAACACGAAGAACAAUGUAAUCUUUACAAAAGAAAAAAAUUGCUACAAGAAACAGUGUUGCUGCAAGUCAGAGAUAGGCUGGGUCGAUCUUGGCGAGAUGUAGCUAGACAUUUAGGUAUUAGAGAAUAUGAAAUUGAUGCUGUACAAAGUAAAUAUCCUCAUGAUUUGAAGGAGCAAAGCUACGAGAUUCUGAAAAUUUAUAUGUCGCAAUGCAACAUGGAGCAAUGGGCCAUAAAUUUAAUACGUGCUUUAGAAAAAGGUAGACGGAGAGAUCUUAAGGAACUUGUAGAGGAAUUAAUAUUGAAAGAUAAGAAUAUAUGAUAUCAAUACGAAAUCUUUCUACGCAAGUCUUCCGUUCGAGCUUGCCGACGUUGUGCCUUAACUUACCCUCUUUGUUAAUCAAAUGUGAUAUAAUGGGUGAUGAAAGAAACUCGAUAGUAUAUCGAGUAGAUAAUUUAAUGUAGAUAUUAUAGGUGAUAUAAAUAAAGGUACGAGAGAGCA